AUGCGUUUCUAUACCAUCAUCCUCGCCGCUCUCAUGAGCAUGUUCAUCGACGCCGUCAUGGGUGCCGGUUGCUUCUCCGACAAAGCCAUGGGCAAAUGUCUCACCAAGGCCCGUCUCAACACCGCCAUUGACACCUACUGCUCGAACAACUGGAGACAGACCACCACCAACUGGCGUCCAUGGAAGGGCUCCAACGGCGGCGAAGGCCACAUCGGCCACCUUGGCGUGUUCAAGUCGAAGGCUGCUUGCGUUACUCUUGCAAACAGCAUUGUUAAGAAGUGCUACACCGGCUCCAACGGUGGACAGAAGGGUGGUGCUGCCGAGGUCGACCAGGCUGCUAUCAACAUCAUUUGGUGCCCAUGGAGAUCUUAG